AUGGAUAAAUUAAAAUACAAAACCAACGAAAAAGGAAUAAAAUAUAUUCCAAAAUACGAUCUACAUGGUUUAAAUAAAAAACAAGCAUAUAAAGAAGUAAAUAAUGUAAUCUUAAAAUGUUCAGAACUCGAAAUAAGUUCAGUAAAUUUCAUUACUGGUAGAGGAAAUCAUCAAAAUAUAAAUGGAGAACGAGCAGUACUCUUCAAAACUUUUCCAGAAUGGUUAAACGACCCAAAGUUAUCAAGCUUGAUUAAAGAUUCCGUACCUGGGGAUGGAUCUUACAAAGUUUAUCUUAAAAUUGAGGAAAAUAAAACUAUUAAGAAUGUGGUCCAAACCGGGAAAGAACAUAUUUACAAAUGUUUUUCAACGAAUUUCUGCGCUAUUUCAAUCAUUGCGAUCGGGUAUUACGAACUGGAUCCGCAUGUUCUUUUAGAAUAUUAG